GUGGAGAGGAGCGCAUUGUGGCUCAGGCUGUGCAAAGGGGAAGAACACAUAGGAAAGGGCCAAAGCAGGGCUGCUGACAUGGUGCUGCGGAUCCCUCUUCGCCGGAGCGCCAGCUUCACUCCAGACCACCAUUCGGUUGGGGAGACCCCUCCUGCCACCCCACUCAAGGUGGAAGCCAACGUGGUGGUCCUUGGGGCAGGCCAGGUGGGCAAGUCAGCUUUGACAGUGCGCUUUCUCACCAGGAGGUUCAUUGGGGAAUAUGGAGAUAUGGAAUCCAUCUACACCCACACUUUGGCAACGGAAGGCAGAGAGAUCCUCUUCCACAUCUGGGAUUUUCCUUACUCGCAGAAGUGGACGGAGGAGAGCUCCCCUGAGGAAAAGCGCAUCCAAUGGGCCGACGGCUUUAUCCUGGUCUACAGCAUCUGUGACCGAGCCAGCUUCAACAGUCUGCGACCCAAAGUCCAAGUCAUCAAGGCAGCCAAGGAAGGCCCCGGCCAGGAGAAAGUGCCCAUCGUCAUUGUGGGAAACAAGCGAGACCUCCACCAUCGGCGCGCCGUCUCCAGCGAGGAAGGCCGCCUCCUGGCACGCUCCAUGGACUGCGAGUUCUAUGAAGUGUCGGCAGCGGAAGCCUAUCACGGGGCGGUCAUGGUCUUCCAUGCCGUGGCGGAGCGCAUCUCUGAAGCCAAGCUGGCCCUCAAGAAAGGCAACGGCAUCCGCAGCAUCGUCAAGAGUGUCUCGGCUGUGUUCGCCCGGAAAAGGACAGACUCGAUGUGAAUUAGGCAAGGGACCUGGGGAUCAAACUGAGUGUGGUCUCUCUCUGUGUAAAGUCAAUAACUCUAAACCAGAAAUGGGAGACUCCAGGGCCAGCCCAGUUUGAGAGGCACUGACACUGAUGGUAACCCUAAGGCAGCAUUUCUCAACCUUGGGGGUCGGGACCCCUGGAGUUGUGAGGGCAUUUCAGAGGGGUCACCAAAGACCAUACGAAAACACAUAUUUCUGAUAGUCUUAGGAUUCCCUUCGGCAGAGAAGGCUGAAGAUCUCUUCUCCUGUCCUUCUCUUCCUUUUUGGAAACAGACGGUGAAUACUCCCACCAAAAGCCCUCCUCCACUGUGAUUGUCCAUUCUCUCAGCCAGCCUCUCAGCCAAAGCAGGGAGAGGAGAGCAGGCAUGCUCGGCUCAUGGCAAUGUGGUGCGCAUGUAUCCCUUAAGGCAUGGGGGUUCUAUGUGCAACAUGCUUUAAAAUGAUCCUGUGCAUGAAACAAAGUUGGUGUACGUGAAACCAUCAGAAAAGAAGUGUGUCUCCAUCUCAGCCACCCAUGUGGACAACCUUCAAAAAUUUGGAAUUUUGUGUAUGGGAUUCUCCACCUGUACAGGCCUUCCCACUGCAUAUAUAUAGUCAUCCCCUUAUUGUUGAAACAUAGAGUGUCUCAGGUCACGCUGUUAUUUGCAAAUGCAUUCUAUCAGACUCUUUGAGCACAACUGAAACUUUGUC